UGUGCUCACUGCUCAGCCUGCACUUCUGCCUUCUUCCCAAAACCUUCACAAAAUCACCCAAAAAAAAUCCAUUCUCAUAACAGCAAAAAAAAAUCUUUUACAAAUUUAUAUCAAAUAAUAAAAAAUGGCAGUUCUUGGUCUAUCAACUGCCUUCUCUCCUCCAAGAGGUUCUUGGAUAGCUGUGAGGAUCAGGCAUGGCGGGAGGCCUGCAAGGAGGAGCAACCUGACGAGGAGGACGAACGCCGGCGGCGGCGGCGGCGCCGCCAUUGCCGUCCGUGCGGAGGUGAGCUUCGUGAACGGCGACGAGGCGAAGCGGCUGGUCGGCGAGGAGGGGUACACGGUGCUGGACAUCCGGGACCGGACGCAGCGCGAGAGGGCGCACAUCAAGAACUCCACGCAUGUGCCCCUCUUCGUCGAGAACGACGACAGCGACAUUGCAACUAUUGUGAAGCGCACGGUGCACAACAACUUCGCUGGCCUGUUUUUCGGGUUACCAUUCACCAAGCUGAACCCGGAUUUCACCAAGACGGUGAAGGAGAAAUUCUCUCCGGACAGCAAGCUUCUGGUAGUAUGCCAGGAAGGGCUCAGGUCCACCGGAGCUGCAGAUGCACUGGAGAGAGAAGGCUUCCAAAAUCUGGUUUGCAUCACAUCAGGUCUUCAGACACUGAAGCCAGGAACAUUUGAAUCUGUUGGCAAAAGUGAGCUGCAAAAUGCUGGGAAGGCAGGACUUGUGACAGUGCAAGGGAAGAUUUCGGCUGUUCUUGGAACUGUGUUGAUAACUGCCUACCUUUUCAUAACAUUGUUCCCGGACCAGGCUGAAAAGCUUUUUGACUUGGCUGGAAUCAAAUUGUGAUCAGAGUUGUAUCUCUUUUCAUGCAUUUUGAUACUUCUCUUGGGGAUUCAUGUUUUCGUUGCAAGGUUAACUUAUCAGUAGGUGGACUCGGGAGGACCUUUUCAUGGUGAAAAAGAAAAGUUAGGCUCGAUGUGUAAUAUGUAGGGAUUGUUGAGAUUUGCAGAUGCAUUUUCUCUUGAAUACUUUCUUUUUCUCGCAUGCAUCCACUCCUUCCAAUUGUAUGUUUGGCCUGAUUACUUUUCCAAGGGCUCAAGAUUUCAAGCUAAGUUCAGAAUAGAAAGUUGA